CCACACGCCAUCACCGAGGACUGCGACGAGCACUGGCGUAUAUGUUUCAACCCUGAUAUCGCUGGCACAAUCAUGGACGAACCACGACUGAUCAGUAAGAUUACUGUAUUGCAACUUUACCCAAAUCUCGCCAAAGCAUGGGAGGCGCAACCAGAGAAGCAAAAGAUUGAAGCACAACGUAUCGAGCAGAAAUCCAUUACCUUCAUGCGUCGGCUCAACAACGCCAGAUCGAGCCUGUACCUACCGAAACCACCAGAUCUUGGCGUUGCCUGCGAUCAGCAUCUCUUACCUGGAAUGAGAAGACACUGGGGCAAACCCAGGACAUGCACGACGCAUCCUUCGGAUCAAGCAUCCUUCGGAGUAUGCAAAUGUUGUCGCGUUGACCACCAGAUGCAGCUCAGCACCUCACGCGACCGCCAAUUUGUUGCGACAAGAGGUGCGCGGGUGCCCGUUUGCUCAAAUUGCGAGCAUCUGUCACCAUCGAGCGGCUCAAUCGCCAUGUCAAAUGCCAUCGCCACCUGA